UAUUAUUGCGGAUGUCACAUGUACAGCUGUCAUAUUUACCCGGUGUAAAAUAGAUACAGUAGACAACAAUGUAUCCGUCACAUCUUUAUAUUUACAUGUUUGUGAUAUACGGAGGUUUACUUAGUAGUCAAAGCUUUAUUGAGAAUGAAGACUUUAACAAUACGUUGUACAGAAGUAAAAGAAGUGUUAAUUGUGGAUCGUCGAAUACCCUAAAAAAAUAUACAUUUUAUUCGGGACAUACUGCAUGUUUGACUGCGUCCUCAUCUGCUGAUUUGACCACUGCAGGUGUUACCGCAGAUGAGAAGACAGAAAUAGUAAAUAAACACAAUACCUUACGAUCUCUCACUCAAGCUACAAAUAUGAUGAAAAUGAGCUGGGAUGACGAAACUGCCUACAUAGCUCAAAAAUGGGCAGAAAAUUGUGCGACAGCACAUGAGUCUCCCGGUCUUAAACGGUCCAUUCCAGGGAGGUUUGGACUUGGUCAGAAUCUUUUCUGGGGAUCCGGAAAGUAUGCCUGGAGUGAAGCUAUACAAAGAUGGUAUGAUGAGAUCAGCGAUUUUACAUUCAAUGGUCAAAAUGUUUUCAGUGAAGUUGGACAUUAUACACAGGUUGUUUGGGCUGAUUCUAUUAAACUAGGUUGUGGUUAUGCCCACUGUACAACAACACGCAUUCAUUUGUAUGUGUGUAAUUAUGGACCAGGUGGUAACAUUGGAGACACAAGUAAACCAUAUAAACAAGGAACGCCCUGCCAAGAUUGUCCGGGAAAUUGUGUCAACAAGUUAUGUGAUUGCGAUAAAGUUUGUUUAAAUGGUGGAGCCCUUGAUUUAUCAACAUGUACAUGUAACUGUAAGAGUGGUUAUAGUGGACCAGAUUGUUCCUUGAACUGUGCGACUAAGACAGACCCAGGACAUUGUGGUACACAGUGGCCUCCUAGGUAUUGUGAAACCUUUAGUAAUGUCCCAUCAGAUUGUCCACAUAUGUGUAAAAUAUGCCCAAAUGGUGGUGUUGCAGUAACUGGACCAAGCGACGGUAAGGGAGUAAUCAAUUUCGACCUGGUAGGAACUGAAACCGGAAUUUCUAGUCCUUCAACGAUCGAAAACUCAGAGCCCGUUACUAUUCCAUUGAGAAGUACAAGUCCUGGGAAGACUGACACUUCUCAAUCUGCAACAACGGUAACAGAAAAAACAACUCCUUCGACAAGCGAAUCGGCUGGUGAUGAAGUAUCCAGAGGUUCAAAUGUUUUGAUGUGUAAUAUCUUUAUGUGGAGUUCUAUAGUCAUUGUUACCAUGCUCAAUAUUUUAUGAAAAAUAUUCGUUACAACCUAAAUCUUUACAUCACAGAAAUACUAAAAAACAUGAAAUAUGCUUUCAAGGAGAAGCCAAUGUAUAGAGGUCAACAUUCGCCGUGCACAUAGACAACUGACUUUACAAUAUGUCAAGUUCUAGAAAGUUCGGAAUAAAUUAAACAGGAUCUGCAAUUAUAAUUAUUCAACUAGAUUAUAACAAAAGAACACGUUGCCCUCUUGGUAUCUUUUCUCUCCUUUAGUAUGAUAUAAUUUUGUUAUUAUACCUCCUUUCCAGGCGUCGGCGCUAUAUUGUAUAUACCUUGUCCAUCCAUCCGUUCGUCAAUACUUUGGUUUUUAUCUCUCAAUAUUUUCAAUAAACGAAUGUUAUUUCGUCACACAUCUGUCAAAUGGUACAGAACAGAAUGACAUCUUAUUUGGACAGCAGCUCAACAGACGUUUGUGCGUUGUUCUGAUCCUUCAAAACACUCAUUUUAUUUUUACUUUUUCGAUACAUUGAAUUAUUCGAGCAUUCUGGUCAUAUAUAAUUUGUUUACACGUAUCUUAUUCGUAUCAUGUGCAUGUGUAUAACAUACUGAAAUACGAAAUACUGGGCAACAGAUAAAAGUAUUAACAACAACCGAUUAAUUCAAUUAUUUUUUAUUUCUAUUGCGAUCUGUAAGCCGUAUAAAAUGUCGUCAUAAAUUUAAAUCGUAAAUCAAAAAAGAAAUUAUUUUAUUAUAUUGAUUAUCUGAUGUCCCAUUUACCCAUUUUUACCUUUAGUAACUUUGAGAAGGUUAAUACAUCAAUUUAUAUAUGUAUAUAAUAAACUUUAAAUGCA